UGGCUUAUAUUCGAUCUCCGUACCGCAGCAGGUUUACAGAUCUAAGAAAGAUAACAGUCCCUUUUCUUGCGCGCUGCUGCAAUGAUCUUUGAGUGUGGUGCGACGAUAGAUCUUCUCAUCCAAACAUAUCCGUCUCCCGGCUUUUCCUUUAGCUUCUUUUUCUGCUUUUUCAGUUGGACUUCGUCGUCCGCGAUCGUUUGACCGUAAGGUGAGAUCGAGGGGGAAGUGAAUUAAGGUGAUCGGGGCAAUAAUGGCUUCGUCUCUGAGCUCCGUGCUUUGUUCGUGCCCCAUUCCCGAAGUGUUCGUAGGUCCCUCUCUCUCACCUCACGCCACUCCCUGAAUCAUAGAGAAUAGAGAAAAGGAAAGGCAAAGGCUAAAAGAGACCCUCAACACAAAAGCAGCAUUGCUUGUACUCGGACUACUACAGCCUUGUCUUCACUUUCAGCUUUCAGUCUUCCUCCUUCCCAAACCUCCUCGGAGAAGAAGGAAGGAAAUGGGGGAGAAGAAGCUGUUUUCCUCGCCGCAUUUGGCUCGAUCUAUGCCGCUGCUGCUACUGCUGCAUUUUCUUGUGCUACUGUCUUCUUCCUCUUCUUCUUUGGACACUUUGGACGGAGACUUGGGUGCCUUAUUGGAGAUCAAGGCCGCGUGCGACUCGGCCGGGAGGCUGGCGAGCUGGAACCGGUCCGACCCGUCGCCGUGCGCGUCCUGGCAUGGGGUCACCUGCGCCGGCAGCCGCGUCAACCGGCUCGUCCUUGAGGGCCUCUCCCUCUCCGGCCCGGCCUGCCUCCCGGCCGUGACGCGUCUCGACCAGCUCCGGGUACUCAGCCUUAAGUCGAACCGCCUCUCCGGCACCAUCCCGAACGUCUCCUCGCUCUCUGCGCUCAAGCUUCUGUUUCUCUCCCACAACCAGCUCUCCGGUCCCAUCCCGCCGUCGGUCGGCUCGCUGGUCCGCCUCUACCGGCUCGAUCUCGGCUCCAACAACCUCACUGGUCCGGUCUCGGCCUCGCUUAACCGGCUAUCCCGCCUGCUCACCCUCCGGCUCGACUCGAACCGGCUAUCUGGUCCCAUCUCCGGUCUCGUCCUCCCACGCCUCCAGGACCUCAACCUGUCGUCAAAUCUGCUCUCCGGCGGCGUUCCUCCCUCGCUCGCCGCCUUCCCCGCUACCGCAUUCGCGGAGAACCCGGCCCUUUGCGGCGGGCCCCUCCCCACCUGCCGCGUCCUCGUAGGCAACCCCAGCCGUCCCUCGGCGACCACUGUGGCCCCGGUUCCUCCUGCUGCUGCCGCCGCCGCCGAUGUCGUGGCAUCUUCUCCGUCCGCCCGGCCUGAGGUCGCCCCUCCGAGACGCCCCGCCGUCGACGCCAGCCGUGCGGGGAUGAACCGAAUGGCCAUGGUGGCCAUCGUCGUGGGCGACUUUGUCGUGCUCGUCCUCGUCUCCGGCUUCCUCUUCUGCUACUUCUGGCGCAAGUUCGCCGGGAAGAGCCCGUCCCGCCUUCACGAGGGGGAAAAGAUAGUCUACUCCUCCAGCCCUUACGCCGCUCAGGGCAGCGCCGCGGGUGCUCCGGCUGGGAGCGGAUUCGAGAGGGGGAAGAUGGUCUUCUUCGAGGGAACGAAGCGGUUCCUGUUGGAGGACCUCCUGCGGGCCUCAGCCGAGAUGUUGGGGAAGGGCGGCUACGGGACGGCCUACAGGGCAGUGCUCGACGACGGCACCGUCGUCGCCGUGAAGCGCCUCCGCGAAGUCCUCGUGGGGGGCAAGCGCGAGUUCGAGAGCCAUAUGGAGAUCCUUGGGCGCUUGCGGCACCCCAACCUCGUCCCGUUCAAAGCCUAUUACUACGCUCGGGAUGAGAAGCUUCUCGUCUACGAUUACAUGCCCAACGGCAGCCUGUUCUUCCUUCUCCACGGGAAUCGAGGGCCUGGGAGGACGCCACUGGAUUGGACGAUUAGAAUGCGGAUCGCAAUGGGGGCAGCGAGGGGAUUGGCUUUCAUCCACCAGGCGAGCCGGUCGCCGAAACUGACGCACGGAAACAUCAAGUCCACGAACAUCCUACUUGACAAGGAGUGUAAUGCGAGGCUCGCUGACGCCGGGCUGGCCCUCCUGUGCCCUGCGGCGGCUGUAGCCGGUAGGGCCGGCGGGUACCGGGCCCCCGAGGCGCCGGGCGACGGGCGGCGCCCGUGGGCGUCCCAGCGGGCGGACGUGUACGCCUUCGGGGUGGUGCUUCUGGAGCUUCUGACGGGGAAGCCGGCGGCGGACGGCGGGGUCGGCGGCGAGGCGGCUGCGGACCUACCGCGGUGGGUGCAAUCUGUGGUUCGUGAGGAGUGGACGGCGGAGGUGUUCGACCUGGAGCUGAUGCGGUACAAGGGGAUCGAGGAGGAGAUGGUGGCCAUGCUCCGGAUCGCGAUGAGCUGCACCGCUCUGGCGCCGGACCAGCGCCCCAAGAUCGGCAGCGUGGUGAAGAUGAUCGAAGACAUCCGGGGCGGCGGCGGCGACCUCUCGCCCUCCCACGACUCUUUCGACUCGGACUCUACUUCCGUCUCGGAUACGGCCUGAACCGUCGGAUCGAGCCAUCGCCACCAAUCCAUCCCAAUUCUCUCCUCUUCCUGUGGCAAGGACUCGACUUUGAGAGCCGUUGGAUGAUGGGGUUUGUGUUCAUGUAAAAGCGAGGCUUUGUUUGGUUGUUUUCUUGUCGACUCACGCAGUCACUGUUUUCUUUAAUGUCGAAUUAAAUCUUAAACAAAAUCCCUGGAAAAACACCAUCUUUGGAUGCUCA